AUGGGCAGAAGAAAGCUUCUUGGGGGAAACUGGAAAAUGUACGCCUCGCUAAAGACAUUCGACAUCAUCAAGGGUUUUAAGCACAACUUCUUUCUGAACAACGAUACAUUUAUCGCAGUUCCUUAUGUGUAUAUUCAGACAGCAAAGCAAAGGUUUCCUGCACACAUCAAGGUUGGUGCACAGGACUGCAGCAUGUUCAAUGAUGGAGCAUAUACAGGAGAGAUCAGUGCCUCUAUGCUCAAAGAAAUGGGCGUAGAGUAUGUAAUAAUAGGGCAUUCUGAAAGACGAAGGUUUUUUGGCGAUGAUUCGCAGGUGAUUGCUUCAAAAAUAAGGAAUGCGUGUAAAGAGGGCCUAAGUGUAGUCCUGUGUGUUGGAGAAUGCUUGGAUGACAGGGAAAGUGGACAAUAUCUAGAUGUAAUAAAACACCAACUACACUGUCUGGAGAGGGUGAUACGGGGAUGCACAAAUAUUGACAUUGCAUAUGAGCCAGUAUGGGCAAUAGGAACAAACAGAAUUCCCACCAACUCUCAAAUAAAGGAAGUGAUAUGCAAAAUAAAGGCUUGGGGAAGUGAAGCAGGCUUUGAGGGACGAGUUGUUUAUGGAGGGUCUGUUUCUAUGCUAAACUGCCAAACGAUUCUUGAGGUUGAGGAUGUUGAUGGAUUCCUGGUUGGAGGUGCAUCUCAGAAUAUGGACUUCUGCAUGAUAUCAAGUGAACUUUCGUCUGCACAAUAA